AUGUCAAGGUCACCGGACAAGUUGUUUACUAAAAACCAUAAGUCACAAGAUUUUUAUAUUGUUGCAGAACAGCCCAGUGAAAAAAAACCGAAGAAUCGCAAAAAGCCCAAACGAAGGUGUGGAAGAAUUUGUCAAGUUUUUUGCUGGUGUUCUGCCAGUGUGGCAUGUUUCUAUACAUUGAUUCCUUUCCUUUUCUGGUAUUUCCCAGAAAUGUGUACCUUUAUGAUAUUCUCCAACAGAUUUCGUUGGCCUCCACUUGGUAACCUGAACAAACCGUCCGAUUAUGGAUUAAAUCACACCAGAAACCUCUACCUCAACCCUCGGCGAAAUAUCCAGAUUGGUGUUUGGCAUGUCCUUCCACGGGUAUUGGCUGAUUCCAACACUUUUCUCAGUGAUUUGGAAUAUGACCAAAGUCUCAAUGAACAGAAACUGCCUGUAGUUCUCUACAUGCAUGGAAAUACAGGAACAAGAGCUGGCUGGCAUCGACUCCAGAUAUACCAAGUAUUUUCAUCAAUGAAUUACCACACAAUUACAUUUGAUUAUCGAGGUUAUGCUGAAUCGACUGGUGUUCCCUCAGAGGAUGGAGUGGUUGAAGAUGGUCAAUAUUUAUUUAACUGGAUUAAGCAGAGAGUAAAGAAAGACACACCAAUUAUCUUGUGGGGCCAUUCAUUAGGAACAGGUGUUGCAACCAAAUUGGCAAAAAAUUUGUGCGAUGAAGGUUCACCUCCCGCGGCUUUGAUUCUGGAAGCACCAUUCACCAACAUUGUCAAUGCUACUUACCACCACCCAUUCCUCAUUCCCUUCAAGUUUUUUAAAACUCUCAAAGUAAAGCUAACAAAUUUUGUUCAAAGAAGUGGAGUUGAAUUUGCAAGUGAUGAAAGUAUAAGCAGUGUAACGAGUCCAAUACUUAUCCUUCAUGCAGAAGAUGAUUUGCUGAUACCCAUAGAACUUGGGAAAAAGCUUUAUGACAUUGGUGUUGAGACUCGUCCUAAAGAGAGUGGCCCAAUAAAAUUUGUUGCAUUCAAAGCAGUUCAUGGCUAUGGACACAAACAUAUACACAAAGCUCCUGAAUUGGCUGAAAUUGUUUCUUCUUUUAUGCAGACCUGUAUGGAGAGUGGCUUUUAA